AUGGACCUCGUGGACCCAGACAUCUUCAACAGAGACCCCCGGGACCAGUAUGACCUGCUGCAGCGGCUGGGUGGCGGCACCUAUGGAGAAGUCUUCAAGGCUCGAGACAAGGUGACGGGGGACCUGGUGGCACUGAAGAUGGUGAAGAUGGAGCCUGAUGAUGAUGUUUCCACUCUUCAGAAGGAAAUCCUCAUCUUGAAAACAUGCCGGCAUGCCAACAUCGUGGCCUACCACGGGAGCUACCUCUGGCUGCAGAAGCUCUGGAUCUGCAUGGAAUACUGCGGGGCUGGUUCUCUCCAGGACAUCUACCAAGUGACGGGGGCCCUGUCUGAGCUGCAGAUCGGCUAUGUCUGCCGGGAAGUGCUCCAGGGACUGGCCUAUCUGCACUCACAGAAGAAGAUCCACCGGGACAUCAAGGGAGCCAACAUCCUCAUCAAUGACGCUGGGGAGGUCAGACUGGCUGACUUUGGCAUCUCGGCCCAGAUCGGGGCCACGCUGGCUCGACGCCUCUCUUUCAUCGGGACGCCCUACUGGAUGGCUCCGGAAGUGGCGGCCGUGGCGAUGAAGGGGGGCUACAACGAGCUGUGUGACGUCUGGUCCCUGGGCAUCACUGCCAUCGAGCUGGCUGAGCUGCAGCCGCCGCUCUUUGACGUGCACCCCCUCAGGGUUCUCUUCCUCAUGACCAAGAGUGGGUACCAGCCUCCCCGGCUAAAGGAUAAAAGCAAAUGGUCGGCUGCCUUCCACAACUUUGUCAAAGUCACCCUCACUAAGAGCCCCAAGAAACGGCCUGGCGCUACCAAGAUGCUCAGCCAUCAACUGGUGUCCCAGCCGGGGCUGAACAGAGGCCUGAUCCUGGAUCUCCUUGACAAGCUCAGGAAUCCAGGGAAGGGGGCGCCUGCAGGCGAGAUUGAAGAUGAGGAGCUGCCCCCUGCCAUCCCUCGGCGGAUCAAAUCCACCCACCGGUCCACCUCUCUGGGGGUCCCCGAUGCAGACUGCUAUCGGCGGCACAUGGAGUUCAGAGGAAUGGCGUCCAGACCCCCCACUGACACCACUCGCUCGCAGCCCCCUGGAGAAGCCCCCAGGAAGCACCUGUCAGAGUCAGAUGAUGACUACGACGACGUGGACAUCCCCAACCCUGCAGAGGAUAUCCCUCCUCCCCUGCCCCCCAAGCCCAAGCUACGUUCCCCGUCAGACGAAGGUCCCAUUGGCAUCGAGGACGAGGCACUGCUGAGCCCAGGGGUGCUGGUUCGGUGUGCCAGUGGGCCUCCCCCCCGCACGCCCCACCGUGGCCCUCCCCCAGUCACCCGAAGCCCCCACUUAACUGCCCAUUCAGACCCCUCACUCUGGAGCCAUGCCCGGGAGCCCGACCAGCCCCCACUGUUACCCCCCAAGAAGGAAAAGAUGAAGAGAAAGCCCACCCCGGGAUGUACCCUCCUGGUAAAGCUGUUCAAUGGCUGCCCCCUCCGGAUCCACAGCACGACCGCCUGGACACAUCCCUCCACCAAGGACCAGCACCUGCUCCUAGGGGCCGAGGAAGGCAUUUUCAUCUUGAACAGGAACGAACAGGAAGCCACGCUGGAAAUGCUCUUUCCUAGCCGGACGACCUGGGUUUACUCCAUCAACAACGUCCUCAUGUCUCUCUCAGGAAAGACCCCCCACCUGUAUUCUCAUAGCAUCCUGGGCCUGCUGGAAAGGAAAGAGACCAGAGCAGGAAGCCCCAUCGCUCACAUUAGCCCCCACCGGCUCCUGGCAAGAAAGAACAUGGUCUCCACCAAGAUCCAGGACACCAAAGGCUGCCGGGCGUGCUGUGUGGCCGAGGCCGCGAGCUCCGGGGGCCCGUUCCUGUGCGGGGCAUUGGAGACAUCCGUGGUCCUGCUUCAGUGGUACCAGCCCAUGAACAAGUUCCUGCUGGUCCGGCAGGUGCUGUUCCCGCUCCCGACGCCCCUGCCGGUGUUCGCGCUGCUCACCGGGCCGGGCUCCGAGCUACCUGCCGUGUGCAUCGGCGUGAGCCCCGGGCGGCCGGCCAAGUCGGUGCUCUUCCACACCGUGCGCUUCGGCGCGCUGUCCUGCUGGCUGGGCGAGAUGAGCACCGAGCACAAAGGGCCAGUACAGGUGACCCAGGUUGAAGAAGACAAGGUGAUGGUGUUGAUGGACGGGUCUCUGAAACUGGUGACCCCCGAGGGGGCUCCAGUCCGGGGUCUUCGAACUCCAGAGAUCCCCAUGACUGAAGCCGUGCAGGCUGUGGCUAUGGUCGGGGGUCGGCUCCAGGCCUUCUGGAAGCACGGAGUGCAGGUGUGGGCUCCAGGCUCAGACCAGCUGCUGCAAGAACUGAGGGACCCCACCCUCACCUUCCGUCUGCUUGGCUCCCCCAGGCCUGUGAUAGUGGAGACACGCCCGACGGAUGACCCCAAUGCUCCCAGCAACCUCUACAUCCAGGAAUGAGUCCCUAGGGAGGGUGUCAGGCACUAGUCCCUGCACCCCCCCACCCCAACAGACACACUAGUGCUCAGGACUUAAAUAAACAACUUC